AGAAUGGACAUCUACAACAAAUCCGACUACAUUUCCUACAAUUUCCAAUGGAAUUCUUUGGAUUUCCCUAAAAUAACAGUACUCCUCGGCCCUUUCUACCUAUUUCCCACUUUUUAUAUAGUAGGAAAAAUGGCAAAGUUAUUUUUUGACGCAAAUCAGACAACUAUGGCGUCAUCAAUACAAAAACACCUUUUUAUGGCAUUUUUAUUCAUGCAAAUUGCGAAUUUCUUCUACAUAAUCACGGAUUUCAUUGUAGUGCGAAUUCCAGCAACAGGGAUUUUGACCUCAAUUUGUGCUCAAAUUGCUCCAAACCAAGUCCUGAAGCUUCCCUACCUGAUCGCAUUCAUUUCAAGUUAUGUCUCUAUGCUUUUCCCUGUAAUUUUUUGUGCAAAUCGGGCGAUUAUAGUGUUUUACCCGAAAAAUCAUAAUGAGAUUUGCCGACGUUUCAUGAAAUUCUCACUGCCAAUUACUGUAAUUCUUCCGUGCUGCUUCACAUUUUUCAUGGUCCCCGCAGUGGGACACUGUACCCAGCUUACUGCACCGUACCCAAUGGGCGCAGUAAUGUUUACGUUAGAUUUGAAAGUGCGUAUCAACGAGUACACCCACCUCCUCACCUCAUUUUUCUGCACCCUAUUCACAUUCUCCAUAAAUAUCACAAUGAUGGUUAAAGUUAGACAUAUUUUGUUUCAAAAAAAAUUUUUCAACAGAAAUAUCAAUAAAAACUACAAAGCGGAAAUGUCAUUGACUAUUACUAUGGUGUUGGUUUUUAUACCAUUUUUGGUGAAUGGUAUAGUUGUGGUACUUUCCCUUCGAGACCCAUCUCUAAUUGGGUACAUUCUAUCCAUAAGACCUAUUGCAAUAGACACAGCAACAGUAUUCGAGCCAUGGGCUUUUUAUCUUACUCAUCCAUUUUUCGGGCGGUACAAACGGAAGACUACUGUUUCAAGUUUUCCGAGAAAUGCCACGUCAUCUGUUUCGACGCAACCGAUUUGAUGAAUUUAUUGAUUUUUUUUAUUGAAAAACUGUUUUUUUUUUCAAAUAUUUAUGUAUCACUUAUGUGGAAUUCGAAUUCGCCGCAAAUUUUCCGAUUAUUUGGCACCCA